AUGGUCUGCUCCUCCGCCCUCUUCAGCUGCACCCUUGUAUCUUCGCUGUUGGGCGCUGCCACAGCGGUCGGUGAACCAAGAGCCCCAGGCGGCGAGACAUCAAACAUAGCGACCGUGAGGACACAACGAGGCCCAGAGGUGGCCAUACACCUAACAGUCCCACGCAUGCUCUACCUCGGCGACAUCCGCCGACCAGGUGAUGUUUUGAACGCGGGUGGUCUUCGUUCCUCGGGAAGGGGCAAACAAGAUAUUCCAGUCACGGCUAAUUUCUGGGAGGCCCAGGAAAAGGCCAUGCAGCUGAUCGGCAUCGCUAACGAGGCGGCGGUUCAGAGUGCCAAAGAGCCGCGGGCUGGGAUGCAGCUGUUCAGUAAACCACCGCGGCAGACGGUGGAUUUUGGUUACAUUUAUCAUGUCGAUACGACCGGCAUUGAGGAGAUGUUCGUCCGCGACACACCGCGCGAUGCAGUCUCCAGGACUAAACCUGGCGACGUCUUCUUCCAGUCGGAUCCCAGAGAGCAGUUCAAGGCGACGGCCCCAAUCCCCAAGUCGCAUAUCGCAGGAUGGUAUCUGGUCUUGCCGGACGGGCGAACUGUUUACUAUGAGAAUGAUGACGGACAGGCAGUCACUGCGCCACGAAGGGGAGCCUUGGCUGGCUUGAAGGGGGCACCACCUCACUCGUAUUUCGUUUCGCCCGGGUACAGAAAUUGGUCUCUAAGCCAGAACCAGGAUAUCCCAGACACACAAGGGCCCAACAAUGUUCUGCACGUUGAUCACCUCGGCUCCAUCGCUGCGGAGAAAGGUUCCCGGAACGCUGAUGGAUUCUAUGCCGUUGUUGCCGCUGGCCUGAGUGACGAGUCGAAACAUGGCAUGGUCCGACGGGCCCGGGUGGAUGUUUUGGGUGUAUUGGCAGUUGACGGUGCCGGUUCCCAUCUCGCCCUUGGGCAUCUUCAGGACCGCGGCGCCUUCGAACCUCAAGAAGACGCCCGGGCUGUUGGGCGCGCGGAUCGACCACACGUUGUCACCCCACUUCUCGAGAUAGAGCGUUUCGUUGACGCCGAUCUGCGCGGAGAGAGAGACUUUGCCAGCUCCGGUAGCCGAGGGGGAUGUCACUCCCCGGCCGUCAAUGCUCAGGUACUUGCCCGACUUGCUGUGCUUGAUGGCACAUUUGAUGGUGACGAAAGACAUGAUUGUGAUUGA